CCUGGACCUAGGAGGAACUGAGUGUGUGAUAAAUGGGCAGCCUCUACAAUCUCCUCAGCCUCACAAUCUCUGCAGCUGGGAGGGAGCAGCUCCUGCUUUUAAAUAGGCCAUGGCAUGGUGGUGGCAGCUCCUGCUAGGGCUGUGGACAGUCAUGCCCAUCUGGGCUGGGGACAAGCUGCUCAAUGUCUGCAUGAACACCCAGCACCACAAGCGAGAACCUGGCCCAGAAGACAAGCUCCACAAGGAGUGCAUCCCCUGGAAGGACAGUGCCUGCUGUACAGCCAACACCAGCUGGAAAGCCCACCUGAAUGUGUCCUUGCUCUACAACUUCAGCUUGGUCCACUGUGGAUUGAUGAUGCCGGGCUGUCAGAGGCACUUCAUCCAGGCUGUCUGCUUCUACGAGUGCUCCCCAAACCUGGGGCCUUGGAUCCAGCAGGUGGGAAGAUGGGGCCAGGAAGGCAGGAGUGGGCAGGGAGAGAGAAUUUUGGACGCACCACUGUGCCGGGAGGACUGUGAGCAGUGGUGGGAAGACUGCCGCACAUCUUACACUUGCAAAUCCAACUGGCAUGGUGGCUGGGACUGGAGUGGAGGGAAGAACCGCUGCCCUGCGAGGGCCCGCUGCCACCCUUUCCCCCAUUACUUCCCCACCCCGGCUGACCUGUGUGAGAGGAUUUGGAGCAACUCCUUCAAGGCGAGUCCUGAGCACAGGAACAGUGGUCGGUGUCUGCAGAAGUGGUUCGAGCCUGCCCAGGGCAACCCCAAUGAGGCUGUGGCCCGUCUCUUUGCCAGCCCUGCCUGGUCCUGGGAAUUCUCUCACACUCUCAUGGCCUUCUCUCUCUUCCUGUCGUGUCUUUCCUGAGGGCCUCAUCUCCUCCCACUCACAGCCCUGCUCUCCCCCAGCAAUGCUGGCCAUGGCAGCCUCCUUCCUUGGGCCCUUCUUUAAGUGACUCAGCCCAGGGUGGGGGUGGUGGGACAUUAAGGCUGCAGGAGCUGGUGCCUGAGCCUCACACAUUUGGUCCUAGGCCCCCUCCACUGCUCUGCUCUGACUUUCCCUCCCUGGAAGGCAGCUCAGGGCUAGCAGGGCCAAGGUGAUCUGCCCCCUCUGCCUUUAAGGAUGGUGGGGCUCUGAAGUGGGACUCUAGGCCCUUCUCAUCUGGUGCACACCCACCCCUAUCCCUGGCAGACCUGAUGGUGACAGCCCUAGCCUCCUGUCCCAUGAUGGUCCCUCCAAUAAAACAGUUGACCUUUC